ACCACAUUCCAUUCAGUUCCUUAACACCGAACAAGCAAACAUUAGCCAAACAUUGACUAAGAUAUAUCUACAUAGCACGAUAUAACAACAGUGAGAUAAUAUAGACCAUAGAUACUUUGGAAUGCGUCUGCUGGGUAUACUAUUUAUGCUUCUGUUGUUGCUAGUGUCUGGCGAGGUAAUAGCGACACAAACAUCGUCACCGGUGACAGCGGCAGCAACGGCGACAACAACAUCCACGGAUAUUAUUACCACAGCUACCAAUACUCUCCAAACUACAUUACCUCAGCAACAACAAAUGACAUUGACAACAUCAACAAUCACCACAACCCUUUCCAGCAUAUUUACAUUCAUACCGAGAAUCUUUAAACGAAGUAGUUUCAACCAAAUUGAAAACUUUACCAAACAUGAAAUAUUUGUUCAACGAGUAUUGGCCACAUCAUCAUCAUGUGCAUCCAUAGCAUUAUGCUUAGUGGCAUUCUAUUUUUUGUUUGCCAUUGAUCCGAAACGACUUGUGUUUCGCCAUCAUUUGAUUUUCUUUUUGUUGUUUUUCGAUUUGAUCAAGGCAAUUAUCUUGUUGUUGUACCCUACCCGGGUAUUGACCCAUACCAUGUCCUAUUACAAUACGCGGUUCUGCCAAGCGGUGGGGUUCUUUACUGCUACUGCCAUUGAAGGGGCCGAUGUUGCCAUCAUGGCAUUUGCCGUGCAUACCUAUUUACUUAUAUUCAAGCCAGAACUAAACACGAAAGUUAAACAUUCAACCACAUCAAGAAUAGAAGGGGGGUUGUAUCGAUAUAGAAUCUACGUUUAUACCUUGUCGAUCUUCUUGCCGUUGAUUUUGGCAAGUAUGGCAUUUGUCAAUGGAACCGGGUACGCCUCGUUGGUCACGUGGUGUUAUUUGCCCUUGCGUCCAUUAUGGUAUAGAAUGGUGUUGAGUUGGGUUCCAAGGUAUUGUAUUGUCAUUGCCAUUUUUGUGAUUUAUGGCUUGAUUUAUUAUCACGUUAUCACGGAAUUCAAAACCUUGGGUGGGGUGUUUACCACGUUGCAUAGUAAUGCUAGACGAGGAACUGGCGAGAUAAAACCCGAUAAGCCAAGUUUCUUUUCAGCAUUGUCGUACUUCUUUGAAACUAUCAGGAAUUAUAUAUUUCCCAAGUUUGUGUUGCCCGAUAAUGCCGAAAAUAGCACCAAUUUAACCAUUGUUAAUCUGAGAGUACCGCUGAAACAUGAAGAGUCAGAUGAGGAAAGUGGGAGUGGCAGCGGUAGUGGAAGUAAUAGAGAUGAAGAACAGCAACAUGAGCAAGAGCAAGAAGAGGAAGAAGAAGAAGAAGAAGAAAAUGUAAUUAUCCCAUUCCCUAGUAGAAGAGGUAACACUGAAGCACAGCAUCAUCAAGCAACUGACGAUUUCACCAAUCCUGACCUUCAUCAGGCCAAUUUAGAAAACUUUAGAAAACGUCAGCGAAUAAUUCAAAAGCAAAUGAAGUCAAUCUUUGUUUAUCCGUUUGCAUAUUGUUUUGUUUGGUUAUUUCCAUUCAUUUUACACAUCACUCAGAUCAACCAUGAGGAAAAAUACGGCCCUAUUUAUUGGAUUAACUUAUUGGGAGCAUUCAUGCAACCAUUCAAUGGGUUUGUUGACUCCUUGGUGUUUUUCUAUCGGGAAAGACCAUGGAAUUAUACCGUGCUGAAGAACUUCGAGCGGGAGAAUAAACAACGGGUGGAUAAUAUCAUUGAAAACAACCUUCAUAAUAGCCAUCAUUAUCAUCAUCAUCACCAUAAUCAUCAUAGCCAUUAUCACCAGCACCAGCAUCACCAUCUGCAAAGUCAACAUGAUGAUGCUGAAUCGGUAUCUACUAUGGCCACAAGUGCACGAAUUGCCAAGAACUCUCUUAGUGCCAGCUCUGGAUUGGUUGAUUUGAAACAGUACAAAUUUUGGAGAAUCUAUUUAAACAAGUUCAAAUUCCCGUUGUACAAAUUACCCACCGAGGAAAACAUUGCUGAAUUUCAGAAGAAGUAUAUUGAAAAACGAUUAUCAGAAAAGGGCGUCAAGACCAUACAUGGUCAGCAUGUUCCUCAUCCAAGUUUAGCGGAGAAAUACAAGAAUGAUAAAGAAGAUAAAGGCGUCAGCGCGGGCGUUGGGGCUUUAUUCACAUCAACCACUCAUGAUUUCUCCAAUGUGCUUUCUGAAGAUUUUGGGGAGAAUGAUUUCCAUACAAGUUUAAACAAGUUUACAUUCACGCAUGGAAAUACCCCGAAUAACACUAGAAAAGGCAGUGCUUUUUCGAAAGGGUCAAGAUCGGAUGAUCCAUUACAUAAAAAGAAAUCAAGUACACCAAUCCCACCGAAACGAGCAACCUCAUCACCGGUCAACAUUCCCACAACCACUACUACAACAUCAGGAUCAUUUUCGUCUGUGCCUGAACAUUAUCAUAAGACAUCUCCAUUUGUUGAUGAAGAUCAAGAAAAUGGUGAAUUGGACUUUUUGGAAUUUCUUAAGAAAGGUCCACCAGUAUAAACAUAUAGCAUUAUAAAUAUUUGUGUAUAAUUAUUAAUACAAUCUAAAUCUAGAU